AUGACGUAUGCGGAAUUACGCAAGGCGGAACAGGUCAUCGUAAAAUGCAUCCCACAACGGGCCUACCGGAAUGAAUUACUCGCCAUGUCGGCCGGGAGACCGACCACCACACUGACGCUUCUAGACCCAUUCACAGACAAGGAAGGAAUACUACGAGUGGGCGGCAGACUAACGAAGGGAAGUUUAAAACCCGACAUGAAGCAUCCGAUGAUUUUGCCGCGGAACGAUCAUGUCACUCAAUUAGUCAUACGCGGGCACCAGAUCAAAAGUUUGCGCGCAGGCGUACAAACCACUUUGAACAGCGUGCGACAAAGAUUUUGGAUACCUGGCAGAAGAUAUCAUAAUCGAAAAACUAUUCAUCAGUGUGUAAGGUGCAUUCCGGCCAAGCCAUCCACCAUCAAUUAUAAAAUGAGCAAUCUGUCCCCCUCACGAAUCACACCUUCAAGACCCUUUCUGCAUUCUGGCAUAGAUUAUUGUGAUGCGUUCCACAUGAAAGUGGAAUGA